AGUACAUCCAAGUGUUUGGCUUUCGUACGCUUCCAUUUGUUACCCGAAACGAGGUACAAGUGCAGAUCGCUUUCCAUUUUGUUUUUAUACUAGAGAAGGGUGACUUAGUACCGUGGAAUUACAAAAAAUUGUUAUUUCUCGUUCACCAAUUUGACUUUUUAAGACUUCCAGUUUUAGAGAUUGUCCAAAAGCGGUCAAGUCGCAUGUUAAUUUAUAUGUAAAAGUGCUUCACUUUUUUUCCUAUAUUUUGCAUUCGUUUUUCGUCCUUGAGCGGGGUUUAAUUAAAAGGUCAAGGAUUUCAAUUUGUUCACUGUUUUACGGAUAUAUUACUGUGUUUUUUUUUUUCUCUUUUUAUCCGGUUUUUGUUUACUCGCUGAAUUGUCGGCAUUAUUUAAAAGACUACGGUCAACUCAUUCGUUUUAUUCUGUUGUUUUGGUAAAUUGUUGUGAUGAGUUUUACUGAUUUCGAUACUUUAUCAAGUUCGGAUUCAUUUUCGAAGCCAUACAAUUCCUCUGUUGAAACUGGCGAAAUAAUUUUUAGGCCUGUGUAUCGAGAUCAUGUGGAUGACGCAGAGGAUUUGGCUCGUUUAGGAUACAAACAGUCGUUCCACAGAGGACUCUCUCUAUUUGGCGUCUUCAGUGUUUCAUUCUCUGUCUUGGGUUUGCUUCCUUCGGUUUCGGCCACACUUAAUUUUACAAUGCUAUCAGGCACACCAGGAAUGCUAUGGGGUUGGUUGAUAGCUUUGCUAUUCGUUUGGUGCAUUGCCGCGAGUAUGGCUGAAUUAUGUUCUAGUAUGCCAACAUCCGGAGGAUUAUAUUACUCGGCUAAAGUACUUGCUCCCAAAGGAUGGGGUCCUUUGGCUGCUUGGAUUACUGGUUGGUCCAACUACAUAGCUCAACUUUCGUUUUUUGCAAGUUGUGUCUAUAGUCUAUCUAGCACAACAAUUUAUGCUGCUGCUCAAUACGAUGGGUCGGAUUAUGAGAUUAAACAACAUCAUAUAUUUUUCCUUUCUUUUUUCUUCAUUGUGGUACUUGCCUUCAUGGCUUCAUUACCGACAAGAAUUAUUGGACGUGUAAACACUGUCUUCACUUUACUCAACCUAGUAUCCCUUUUUGCUGUUGUGCUUAUCAUCCUUAUCACUGCCUCUUUACGCCACGGAUUCAACAAUUCAAAAUAUGUAUGGAGUCACUUUAAUAAUGGCACAGAAUGGCCUCAAGGUUUCGCUAUGCUGAUGUCGUUUUGUGGUGUUAUCUGGUCCUUAGCAGGUUUGGAUACUUCUUAUCAUCUUGUUGAAGAGUGUUCCAGUGCUAGCGUGAAUGCACCUAAUGGCAUAAUUCUUACCGCUGUUGUUGGUGGACUUUUUGGUUGGAUUUUACAUAUGGUAAUUGCAUACACAAUCAUUGAUUUUGAGAACGUCGUUAGAUCAAGGAAUCUGUGGGUCGUUUAUCUGUCGCAGGUGCUUAAUCGUGAACCAGCUAAAGCAGUCAUUGCGUUUACUGUGUUUUCAAAUUUUGUUAUGGCACAGGGUGUCUUAAUUACUUCCUCUCGCAUUGGGUUUUCUUAUGCUCGUGAUGGUGUUUUACCUUUUUCAAAAUGGAUGGCGCAAAUGAAUAAACAUACAACGACACCUGUUAAUGUCAUUGUUGUAAACUGCUCUAUAACAGUUGUUAUUUUCUUGUUCUUUUUUGUAGGACAAUGCGCUAUUGAUGCGGUUUUUGCUGUUUCUGGAAUCGCAGCCUUUGUGGCUUUUAUCAUUCCAAUUGGAAUGCGGGCCUUCUUCGUAAAAGACAAUGAAUUUUACCGCGGAGCUUGGCAUUUAGGUCGAUAUUCUCGAUUUAUUGGUGCUAUAGGAACUGUUUUUGUGCUCAUAAUGAUACCUAUAUUAUGUUUCCCAACCGAGAGGCAUCCUAGUGCCUUAAAAAUGAACUGGACAUGUGUUGGAUAUUGUGUUCCAAUGGGCAUAAUUCUCUUAUGGUAUGCGACGUCUGCUAGACAUUGGUUCAAAGGCCCAAAAGCGGAUAUGCCUGGCUUAGAUUUUCCGCGCAUGUCCAGUUUCAAAAGUGCAGAUGUGCAACAUGAAUUUUCUUGUCAUCCCGCUAUAAAAGGUUACUGA